AUGCUGGCAAAGCACGGCAGUCGUAGAGAAUUCCUUGAUAAACUGGUAGAUUUAUCAAUAUUCAAUAAAACUACGACUGAGAGAUAUUGGCAUAGAAAACCAGUGUCUGUUGAAGUAACCGCAUACGCUAUGCUCUCGUUUAUAUCCGACGAUAAAUUAUUUGAAUCUACGCCUAUGAUGCGUUGGCUUAACAGGCAGCGAUAUGGUCUAGGGGGCUAUCCUGGAACGCAAGAUACGUUUGUUGGAUUGAAAGCAUUGGCAACGUUCGCUGCUAGGUCAUCUGGUGCUAAAAACAACUAUCGCGUAACAGUAAAAUACAGCCCGUACGUUCAACGUAAAUUUGACAUAGACAAACACGUUCCCAUGGGUAUACUGAGCUAGAUAUUCCCAACAAUAUCAGGAACAUGAUAGUGGAAAUCGAAGGUACCGGCAAUGGUUAUUUCCAGGUGUGGUACCAGUACUAUCAAAAUAUACAAGUGGCUAAGCAUAGAUUCAACAUCACAAUUGAUCAACUUAACACCACUACCGACAACAUACAGCAGUUGGAUGAAUGUGUGAAUUACGUUCCAGUUGAGGCUUAUCAACUAUCGGGAAUGGCUUUGGUGGAGAUAUUUUUGCCCAGCGGAUUUGUAGCAGAAGCUGAUGCCAUCACAGAUAAAACUGGAAGGAUUCAGAAAAUUGAAAGACGCUUCUCAGAUACUUCGAUUGUUGUAUAUUAUGAUAACAUGGAACCCGAAUCAGACUGUUUCCAAGUUACUGCCUACCGUCGUUAUAAAAUUGCAUUGCAUUUGCCAUCUUACAUCAAAGCGUAUGAUUAUUACAAUGACGAAAGCUAUGGCAUUAAACAGUACGAAGGAAAGGUGCUUCAGCUAUGUGAUAUUUGCGAAGACGACGACUGCGAAACAUUAUCAUGUUGAGAGAGCUCGAAAUAGAAUAAACUGUGUUCAUUCA